AAACAAUUUAACUGUACUGAGUUGUAUCACUUUUUCGUCGUUCAUUUUAAUAUGAAGUAAAAUAUGAAGAUGAAUCUAUGAGCAGUAACAUUGCAACCAAAGAGCAUGAAGAAUCGAAAGAUUAUCUCCUUAUUAGUAUGAUCAUUGAUUGUGAAGACGAAGCAGGUGGUCCAUGGAAAUGGAGUCACAGUAAUAACUUAUUACUGUACUAAUUAGUAAUUUUCCUUAACUGUCAAUAAAACCCAUAAGCAAUGUGUUAGUUGAGGAUCAUCAGGCGACAAGGGUGAUUAUCAUUCUCACAAUCCGAACCAAGUCUAAUUCACGCCGGACCAGUUUUGUUUCAUUUUGCCGCCAAUAGCAGGUAAUGAAAGACUCUUACGGAUCGACUGACUAUUGUUCUUUUCCAUCAAUAGAUCGUGCAGUUAAAACAAGACUUAAUACUUUCCAAAAGCUUAUCAAGCGUAAAAUGUGACAUUAGUGAUGGAGCACUAUUCGAUUAGAAAAGAAAUCCCCUGAACCCGGUAUGAAAUGUUCCGCCAACUGAAUACGAACACAUUCAACGUUACAACGUGUAUGUGGGCUGAACAAGUACAUUCACAGAAGCUGCAAUCGCAUGGCAUUACGGCUCGAUGUCGUUUUUUCUCUCUCGCAACAAUCACGAUUACCUUAUCUUGGAAGGCACAGUGCGCGUGCCUAUCGCCUUUAUCCGAAAAGAUGCGUCCAAGCAAUCGCGUUGUUUCAUUCGCGCGUCGAUCAUUCAACCGCUCUGUCAAACGAAAGCGUGCGUGAGAAUUGCGUGCAUACGUCACAGUGACAAGUGUAUUCGCUUCAUCACAUUGUGAUCGUUGCGUGAAGAAAGCAAGCACGAGGCACGAGAAAUGGAACUUCAUAAAACCGACAACGAAUCCAACAGUGGACUCGCCGAAACCGAAUACGAACCAUUCCGGCAUCGUCGCGUGAAGAAACCCAACUCUACCAAUGGCACGAUCAUUCACAUGCUUAAAGGGUCACUCGGAACCGGUAUCUUGGCUAUGCCGUCCGCUUUCCGUAAUGGAGGGCUGGUGUUUGGUGUUAUUGGAACUACGCUGGUGGGAAUAAUCUAUGCCCACUGCGUUUAUCUACUGGUAUCAACGUCUCAAAAAUCGUGCAAACGAACUCGCGUGCCCGUACUUGGGUUUUCAGAAACCGCACAAAGCGUUUUCCGCCACGGUCCGAUCGCCACACAACGUUUCGGAAAUGCUGCCAAAGCGUACAUCGAUUACUCUUUGCUGAUCGUCAGCUUCUUUUCCGUUUGCGUCUACUUGCUGUUCAUUGCAACAACACUACGGGAUGUUGUUAACAGUGAAAUCGGUAUCGACUGGGACACUCGUAUCUAUAUCCUGCUGACUGCACUGCCGUUAAUUUUCGUCACACAGGUACGAGAUCUUCGGUAUCUGGUACCGUUUUCAGCCCUUGCCAAUAUGCUGAUAUUGGUUACGUUCGGCAUCACGCUGUACUACAUAUUUCGGGAACCGAUAGACCUUUCCAACCGAGAACUGUUUCCAGAAAUUACCGCACUGCCAUCGUUCUUCGGCACGGUCGUAUACGCAGUAGAAGGGAUCGGUGUGGUACUUCCUGUUGAAAAUAAGAUGAAACACCCGCAACACUUUCUGGCCUGUCCGGGAGUUCUUAGCAUCGUACUGAGCUUUAUCACCGUGCUGUACAAUGUGACGGGAUUUUUCGGUUACGCACGUUACGGACCAGGCACGCGUGCUUCGGUGACGUUAAAUUUGCCGAGCGAAGAGAAACUUGCCUUAUCUACACAACUGCUUGCUGCCCUCGCCAUUCUUUUCACACUCGGUAUCUACUACUACGUGCCAAUGGACAUACUUUGGCGCAAGGUGAAGCAUCGCUUUCCAGCAGAACGGCACAAUAUCGCUCAGAUUGGUAUACGGUUCAGUAUUUUAAUUGCUAUGACUGCACUUGCACUGGGUGUACCGGAACUGGAACCAUUUAUCGGACUAGUUGGAUCGAUCUGCUCCGCCACACUUGGUCUACUAACACCGAUAGUACUGGAUACGGUGUUCCGUUGGUCCACUCCUGAUGCGUUUGGCGUUUUUCACUGGCGGCUGGUGAAAAAUGUCAUCCUGUUGGCGUUCGGUUUGUUCAUUCUCGUCGUCGGAACAUAUUUCAGCAUCAAGGAUAUUAUCGAUAUUUACGGGUAGAAGCAAUAGUCACGUAUAUACUACAUAUACUAGCUAUUCAUAACAAAUGAGCCAUUACGUCCACAGUACAAGACAAAAACGUUCUUACCAUUUUACGAAGCAAACAUUCAAACCUAGGUCAAUUAUUUUCUCAUCUGUAACUUCACCUACCAUAGUUCUAUGUGAAUGUAAUGUUUAUUUGCAAUCCUGGUCGAUCAACUAAUCUAUAGCAGUUAAUCAGCGUCAUUCCACGUGCGUGUUAAUCUCUACUGAAGCUUACAAUAAAUAUGUGCAUGCAGUAAGUAGUGUUUGACGGAAGCAGCUUAACUGACAGUCCUUAUAAGUCGUGUAUGCGUGUGUGGAUGGAGAGUUUGUUCUUCUAAUUAGCGAAACAGCACCGCAACUUGGGCCCGCGUCUAUAUUCUUUUACACCGCAUUGAAGAAUCGUUAUGCAAUCAAUUCCAGUCUCUAAUUUGCGAAAUAGGAUUAAGCUAGUUGAAAACUGGUUCAAUACUGAAUUGUAUAAAGUGUCUUUUCACAUUACCUAGCUUUUUCCGGAUUCUAAACACACACACGAUCGCUGUGGAGCUUUCUUUUUGAUUUGUAAAGCAAGAUAAAAAGAAAAACUUAAUACCUAGAAUAGAGAUGUUUAAAAAUCACUCUACAACGCAAAUUACACUUCCCGUCAUUUUCGCGAAUCAAUCGCCAUCAAUCACCGUUCAUCACGCAAAUAAAGGAAGUUAAAGAUUUGAUUUUUCCA